CAACAGGGAAGAAGAGAAAGUUGAAAGAGGAGGAGGAUGAGGACUCGGACUCAACAGUUGUCUCCAGUGUCGCAAUGACUGAAGCUAACACCUCCAGUGAUUUAUCUCUGGAGGAUCUGCUGAGAGAUGACCUUGAAGAGGUGCAAGACGACCUUGAGGAGGCUACAGAAGUGAGAAUGGAGGAGGUGACACAACGAAGAGAAGAGACAGAAGCCAGAAGAGGAGAGACAGAAGACAGACGAGACGAGACAGAAGACAGAAGAGAAGAGACAGAUUACAGAAGUGACAAGGACAGAGAUUAUAGGCAUGAUGAGGCCACAGCAGAUGGAACAGAGGCGGUCACAUCAAAGAAUGGUAGGCCUACCAUUGAAGACGCAGACACCUAUAAAUAUGUCGCAGUGUACUUCUCGCACCCAAAGCCUCAGUACUUCUGGGGGAAAAUUCUUAAGGUAUUUUCAAGUGACGAAGAAACUGAAGUGACGCAGGUGGAGGUCGAUUUUUUGCAGAAGAAAGCGAUCUCCAGUGACCCUUCAGCAUGGACCUGGGCUGAGAAGACGGUUAAAGAGGUCCUAAUCAUUGACACCAAAUUCAUCGUGUUUGGGCCUCUGGUCCCUGACGUAAAGAAGAACAUAUUCCGCUUUCCAGAUGUUCAGGCCAUGGCCUCUCUUCGAGAAUUUGAACAGAGGGAUGAUUAAGGAAGAAAACACUAUA